GUGAUUAUCACACAUGAUCAGCAUACAUGUUCAAGAUGGCGUCGCCCACUACUAUUCAGUUGUUUUGUUUGCUAUCAUGCGUUAGUCAUAUUUACGGCUGGAUUCCGCGACUUAUCAAUGGUAGACCUAAAGGAGGGAUGUUGGGGGCACCUAAGGCUCCAAAGGGAAUCAAAACUCCGGCCGCCCAGUGGUACGACGAGCAAAGAUUGGAUCAUUUCGACGGAGCUAAUGUCAAAGUCUGGAGUCAGAGGUAUUUCGUGAACGACACGUUUUACACGCCCGGAGGUCCCAUAUUCCUGAUGAUAGGUGGCGAGGGCCCGGCAGACGCCAUCUGGAUGGUGGAAGGCACAUGGAUACAGUAUGCGCAGCAGUUUGGGGCUAUCUGCGUCAUGCUGGAACAUCGCUAUUAUGGCGAGAGUCAUCCCGUACCUGAUCUAAGCCUGUCCAAUUUGCGCUACCUGAACAGCAGACAGGCGCUUGCAGAUCUUGCCCAGUUCAUCGACUUCUUCCGGAUGCGCAUGAAACUGUUAAACAACAAGCUUAUCACAUUUGGUGGCUCUUAUCCAGGCUCUCUAUCGGCUUGGUUUCGAUCAAAGUACCCCCAGUAUGUGGACGGGGCCGACGCCACAAGUGCACCCAUAUAUGCGCAGGUGGACUUUAGAGAGUACCUACAAGUUGUGACGGACGCGCUUGGCACCACUGGCACCCAGUGUGUGGAGGAGAUCCGUAACGCCACCCAGACCAUGUACGCCUGGUGGGGUCAACCAGAAAUGAGGCCGGUACUCGAGCAGAAGUUCAACCUAUGUGACAAGAUCGACCAUACCAAUACUUUAGACCUCGCCGGAUUCUUUAGUAACACAGCGGGAAAUUUCGAAAAUGUCGUUCAGUACAACAAAGACAACAGAGCUUUUGAGGGAGCACUCGGGACCAACAUCACGAUUGACACCCUCUGCGAGAUCAUGACGGACUUCACGCGCGGCGAUCCCGUGCAGCGAUACGCGGACGUGAACAGUCUGACCCUGAAGACGUAUGGGCAGACGUGUCUGGACUACACGUACACCAAGAUGAUUGCUGACAUGAAGAAAACAGACUGGAACAGCAGCGCCAGCGAAGGAGGCCGCCAAUGGAUGUACCAAACUUGUGCAGAGUUCGGAUGGUUUCAGUCCUCGGACUACGCCAAUCAACCUUUUGGUGACUGGUUCUACUUUCCAGUUAACUUCUCGUUUAUUCAAUGUAUGGACAUCUACGAGAAAGAAUUCAAUGGCAUGGCCAUUUACAAUAAUGUACAGGACACGAAUCGGUAUUACGGGGGACGUGACAUAGCAGUUACCAAGGUGGUUUUCCCGAACGGAUCGAUCGAUCCCUGGCACGCGAUGGGAGUCACGAAAGACAUUUCCAAGGAUGCGACUGCUAUUUAUAUUGAAGGUACUGCCCACUGUGCGAACAUGUAUCCGGCUACUGAUCAAGACCCUCAGCAACUUAUCGACGCGCGUGUGCAGAUCUCCAAGCUGAUUGGUCAGUGGUUGCAGGACUAAAUUUGAAUUGACCUAUCACUGAAGGUGUUUUCAUGAAAUUUGCGAAAAAAGUGUAUUUAGAAUUAAUGGACAGAGAUUAUAUAUUUAAUAAAUAAAUAUUGAAUUUAUAAUAGAUUUUUUAUAUUGUUUUUCAUGUAUACACGACAAGUAUACAUUAUACUAGUAGACAUUCAAUGUGAUCCCACAUGUUGUUAUUUGCUUAAAAAGAUUUACAGUUAUCUCUAAACUUACACGUAUGAACAACAUCAAAUAUUUUGUUAAGACAGGCUGUCAAGCGGUCAUACUUUUUCCUACUAUAUCCUACUUUUUCCUACUUUUUCAUCAGGAUCCUACUUUUUCCUAUUUUUUUACCAAAUCUUCCUACUAUUCCUACUUUUUCAUUUUCAAUGGAGAAAAAAAAAUUGAAAAGUUUAAACUUGCAUGAUGAAUGAAUCUAUGGCAUGACUGUAUCCCUGUUAAUGUGCAUUCAUCUAGAUGAGACCUGACAACCCAUGCUGACUGUCUGCUAGCACCUCUUCAGGAAGCAUAGAUAUUUAUUUGUUAUGUAACUUUUGAAAUUAUUGACAAAAGUUGUUUUUUUUAAGUAACAACAGUGCCUUGUUUACUUCCUUAGCAUUUGUACUCAGUUCCCAGUGAUGCAAGAGCUGAGGGAACCCAUUGUUUAUUCCAGUUUUAUUUUGUUUCCAUUGACAACAAUUUGACCAAACCUUAUGCAUGUUUACAUGAUAUUGCUGUUUGGAAUGUAGAGAUAUAGAGAUACAUAUAUUGUAUGAGUGGUUAUGUUAUAUGUAAUUUAUGACACAAGUUAUUUGAAAAAGAUAAAACUGAUGA